GGCGGCACGUGAUUGGCUGACUGCAAAGCAUGGCGUUUGAAUGAGACCAGGAAGUGGAGGAAGCUAGGAGGUUAUAGCUUCGAAGGGAACGACGUGCGCGUGUAAACAGGUUCAAAUGCCGACAAACAUGAGCUGACCUGCCCAAAUGACAUCGAUGACAUGACAGAGAAGUAGAAUGCAGUCUGUCUAAAGAGGCAGGUCUCAGUUUGAUGAGCGGCCCCCCCAAAACUGACAGGAUGCAGCAGAAACGAAAUAUCCAGAUCAUCGAAUGGGAGGACCUGGACAAAAGGAAGUUCUACUCCUUUGGGGUGUUCAUGACGAUGACCAUUCGGGCCACCGUCUACCCGGCCACCCUGAUCCGCACCCGGCUGCAGGUGCAAAGGGGGAAGUCCCUCUACAGCGGCACGUUUGACGCCUUCUUCAAGAUCCUUCGGACAGAGGGCGUGCGAGGCCUGUACCGAGGCUUCAUGGUGAACACGUUCACGCUCAUCUCAGGACAGGCGUACAUAACCACCUACGAGCUGGUGCGGAAGUACGUAUCGCAAUAUUCCAACGACAACACCGUCAAGUCGCUGGUGGCGGGCGGCUCGGCCUCUCUGGUGGCUCAGAGCAUCACCGUGCCCAUAGAUGUGGUGUCCCAGCAGCUGAUGAUGCAGGGUCAGGGGCAACACCUCACCCGCUUCCGACUGACGUCCAACCCAGAGACUGGAAAGCCAAAGAAAGUCUUUGGUCAAACCAGGAACAUUAUGGCUCAGAUCUUUGCUGCUGACGGCCUGCCCGGCUUCUACAGGGGAUAUGUGGCUUCACUGCUCACUUACAUCCCAAACAGUGCUGUCUGGUGGCCUUUCUAUCACUUCUAUGCUGAGCAGCUCUCUAAGCUGGCUCCCAGUGACUGCCCUCAUCUGAUCCUUCAAGCCAUGGCGGGACCUCUAGCCGCAGCUACUGCUUCAACCGUCACCAACCCGAUGGAUGUGGUCCGAGCGAGAGUGCAGGUUGAAGGCAGGACCUCGGUGGUUGAGACGUUCAAGCAGCUGAUCCACGAGGAGGGCUUCUGGGGGUUGACCAAAGGACUGUCCGCACGCAUCAUUUCAUCCACGCCCACCGCCAUCGUCAUGGUGGUCGGCUACGAGACGCUGAAGAAGCUGAGUUUGCGGCCUGAGCUGGUUGAUUCGAGGCACUGGUGACAGCCCGGACCGCUGAGGAAUCACGUGCCAUUUUCCUGAGGGACUCUAAAGGGCCGAUUGGAGGUUCGGUGGGAACAGAACCAAACAGGUUUUUAUAAAGACUGAAAGCGUGACUUUUUAUUUAGCUGUGUUUAAUGAUUCAGCCCAACUUCUUUCUCCUCAGUUUAAUCAUUUGCUGGUGAGCGUAAUAAGUGAAGCAGCCAUUUGGUGCAAAAAAAAAAAUGGAACUAAAGGAAAUAUUUUCAUUGAAGCGACAGUGAUGUCCACGGAAAAUAUGAGAGCAAAAAUCCUCGUUUAUUUUGGUUUAUUGAGCAUUUUUGCACUGCAGACAAGUGGAGUUGUUUACCUUGUUUGUGACUCGUUAUGUGGUUACCGUAGUAACCUUCUAUCUUUAGCCAAAACCAAGGCUAUGUCCGAAUUCCUCCCUAACUUCUAAAAAAUAUCUAUAUAGUGCAGGACUAUCUAGUUCCCUGGAUUUUAAAAGCAAGUUGGACAUCAUGCUCACUACUUUUUUCUUUUUAAACAGCAAAUAUGACGUCACCGAAUUCCCAAAGUAAAGCCCUAACAAAUACAAACAUUUGACAAAAACUGUUGAUGAAUCCUCUAAGUUCUGAUGAUGAAAACUUGGAUAUUUAUUUGAUAAAUGAAUUUAAAAAUAUUUUUUCACAUGCACUGUGGUCUGUAUUUGCCAGUGUAGUGAGUAUCAAUGCACACUGGAUUUUUGCAAAGAAUUCUGGGAAAUUUUAGGACACUAAAUUUUAGAUUUUUAUAUUCAGACUACUACAAAAUAAAAGCUGCCUUCAGUGUUUGAAGUUGGAAGAGUCAAAAACUGAACUGGAAAAACGAGAACUCUGAUUUAACUUGUGUACACUGGAGGGCAGUAAG